GUGGCCACCCUCUGCCCCUGUGGGUCAGCGGCAAUUCUCUGCAGGACCCGGCAGCACUCCUGGCCAGCACUGGGGAAGUGGCACCCCUCAGUCCUAUCAGGGCCUCCUCUCUGUGGUGCAGUCCCGGCCGUGAGGGCCCCCUGGCCAGCCUGCCUGCCCAGGAUGAGCACUUACCCUCCCAGCAGCCGCUGCCCCGACUACCACACCUCCCGGUAGAGGAGCACCGAGCCUCGGCUCCUGCCGGCGGGAGCCCCCGAAUGCUGCACCCAGCCACCCAACAGAGCCCGUUCAUGGUUGAUCUUCAUGAGCAGGUGCACCAGGGAGCUGUCCCUCUGUCCUACACAGUCACCACAGUGACGACCCAAGGCUUCCCCUUGCCUACAGGCCAGCACAUCCCUGGCUGCAGUGCCCAGCAGCUCCCAGCAUGUUCCGUGAUGUUCAGCGGGCAGCACUACCCCCUCUGCUGCCUCCCGCCCCCGCUCAUCCAGGCGUGUACCAUGCAGCAGCUCCCUGUGCCCUACCAGGCCUAUCCUCACCUCAUUUCCAGUGACCACUACAUCCUACACCCCCCACCGCCGGCCCCACCCCCCCAGCCCACCCACAUGGCACCUCUUGGGCAGUUUGUAUCACUGCAGACCCAGCACCCACGUAUGCCCUUACAGCGGCUCGACAACGAUGUGGACCUGCGGGGGGACCAGCGCCCUCUGGGUAGCUUCACCUAUUCCACCUCUGCCCCUGGCCCCACACUGUCCCCAUCAGUGCCCCUGCACUACCUAUCCCACGAUCCCCUGCACCAGGAGCUGUCCUUUGGUGUGCCCUACUCUCAUAUGAUGCCACGGAGACUCAGCACCCAGAGAUACCGCCUACAACAGCCGCUGCCCCCACCGCCCCCACCACCACCACCACCACCUUAUUACCCCAGCUUCCUGCCCUACUUCCUUUCGAUGCUGCCAAUGUCACCAACAGCAAUGGGACCCACCAUCAGCCUGGAUCUGGAUGUGGAUGAUGUGGAGAUGGAGAACUAUGAGGCCCUUCUGAACCUGGCUGAGCGUCUGGGAGAUGCCAAGCCCCGAGGCCUCACCAAAGCAGACAUAGAGCAGCUCCCGUCAUACCGCUUUAACCCAGACAGCCAUCAGUCAGAACAGACACUGUGUGUGGUCUGCUUCAGUGACUUUGAGGCCCGGCAGCUGCUCCGAGUCCUCCCCUGCAGCCAUGAGUUCCACACCAAGUGUGUUGACAAGUGGUUGAAGGCUAACCGGACGUGUCCCAUUUGCCGGGCCGACGCCUCUGAGGUGCCCAGAGAGGCUGAGUGAAGCCCCAUAGCUGCCCAGGAGAACCCUGCCCAAAGCUCUGGAAACUUGGGGGGGGUGGGGGCGGGCAAGGAGGAAGAGGAGGGAGUGAUCCAGGUCUGUCCUGCCAUUCCCACCUGCAUCUCCAGAGCUGGUGCCAGGGUCAACCCCAUGAGAAGCCCCUGCAAUAAGCCCCUGCAUUUGCCAAGCUCCAAAGACUCCUUCCCUGAUCUGCCUGC